AUGUCGUCUUCCGCAUGGGUCAUUUGUUUCGUCUACAUUCGCUUUGACCUGGACGUUGGCCCGCUUGUGGAGUGCGUUGCACCGUCGGACGCACUGACCGAUGAAGGUAAGAAGGUCAUCAUGCAGGUGGCCUUUCCUGACUGUAACCCGAAAGGCGGCCAUGAUCUUAUCUUCUUCUUUCAAAUGAAGGACUGCACUACGGCAUCCGCUCGUCAUCGUGCCGAGGCCUUUGCUGCCCCACGUACGGGGAGAACUAGUCCAAAUAUUUAUGGUGCGACUUACUACCGUCAGAAGAAAGACGCCUCUGUUCCACGGGGAUAUGUGCAACAGGCCAUUGUGCUCCUUUCGCGGCUGCCUUACAUGGCUGUUCAGGAGCUCAUUUUGCGUGUCGUGGCACCACGGUUCUGUCAAUGUUGUCCUCUUUCACCAGACAUUGAAAAGGUACCUGUGCUAAGUGCACUCUCACCUCAGCCGACGACAUUCUUUGAGGUGGAUUCAUCUUUUAACCCCAGCCAGUACUCCCAGAAGGACGUGAUAGAGCGGGCCGUGGAGGAAAUUGAGGGGUGGCCAUCUCCCCACCCACAUGUUCAGUAUAAUCUGACCCUGCUCCAUCAGCCGCUAACCUUUGUCACACCGAAACGAUAUAUGCUUCCAUCAAAUAUGGCAGGCGGUGCCACAUGCCGAAUUCCGACUAGGUUGGAUGAACGUGUUACAUUUUUAGGUAGUAAGCAUCAAUCGUCGAGUGCAAAUGAUGUAAUUCCUCUUUACGCACUCUUGAGUGAACACCUUCGACAUUUGACUCGGGUGUGGGAACUAAUAUUAUGCCAUGAACCGCUCUUUAUAUGGAGUAACACCCCUUCUAUGGCGUCUGCGGUGGCCAUCGCUGUGGCAUCCCUGGUGCAGCCUCUUAAUUUUAACGGUAUACUGCGCUCAUAUCUCACCGUUCAGGAUGAAUCCUUUAGUCGUUACUCCCGUAUGGGCAAAGCGAUACCAUUUCCAACCUUGGAGUGUAUUAUUGUGGCGGCAACAAAUCCGUUUUUCUUCCGAGCCUUUGAUGGAUGGCCAAAUCUUCUUACGGUCAUUGAUCGACAAGGCAAUGGUCUUGAAAAUCAGGUAACUCUGAAUGAUUGCCCUUUUUCUAGUGGCACAGGUGACACGGUUGCAGUUUCGACUACCAAUUCCAAUUCCACCUCUGCCUUUGCGGCCGCGCCGAGUAAUCACGCAUCCGUACCCACUGAUAGCGUCUCUCUAUCAAAGGAGGACGGGAGGACGUUGAGCAGUCCUCGUCUAUUUACAUACAGUAACUUUUUUCCCGCCCUGGCGGCUGCGAAAAAGAAGACACCACUUUAUCCAGAUCCCCCCUCGGGUGAGUCAGGUGGGGAGAGCCCCUUGCCUUUUCAGCAAUCCGUCAACAUGUUUAGGUCUUCAUUCCCUUUUUUGGUGGACCACAAAGCGCAAACGUCAAUUCUACUCCACCGGUUGGAGCAGGCGUCGCACCUGAACGCAGAGGCUCAAUUGGCUUCGUUGGGUGCCCAUACUUGGAAUGGAUGUGGGGAGCUGGAAAGGAUCAAAGCUGCAGCGACGGAUACCGUGGAUCGCGGUGGGCGGUCCAACAGCGCGCAACCGUUUUUUCAAUUCAGUAUAGCCGAUGACAUUGUUAGAAAAUUUUUUGACACGCUGACGAUGGAGUUCCUCAGGCCAGUGGGUGCCUGGUUUCAAACCAUGAUAAGUACAUUGACGGUGUUUCACCUUUGCGACCCAGUAGUUGUUGCUGCGCUCACUCCUGAUUCCUUUUUGAACUUCCUCAGGGACAACCGGGAGUCGGUGCCAUCAUUUCUUUCACGGCGUCCGCACAAGGCGUACAACGUCAUGUACGAGCGCUUCGCCCGGGGCUCCUUGUUCAACGCUGUGGUGUGGCAGUUAGUGGAUAAAAAAAUUCGACAGGGUCUGGAGGAGAUCCACGUAGAACAGUGGGCUCUCACACAUCCCACGGAGGUGGAGCGGAUUGAGAUGUUUACCAACCUUUACAAGCUUGUGGAGCGGGAGGUGGUCCGGUCGAUUGACCCCGACGUAGUCUUUGUCACAACGGCCAUAGCCAUCCUGGCAGGAAUGGUUGUGUACAUCCACGAACCAUUACGAGAUGAACUUUUGCUUAAGGUCCGCGAAUUAAGGAUUUGA